AUGGAGUCUACAACUACUAAUAGAGAUUUAUUUCAAAAUAUGAAAAUUGAAACAAAACCAUAUCGUAAAUUUUUAAAAAAAUUUAAAAAUGAUUGGUCACUUGUUCUAUCAAGUAUGUUAGCAUUUAAUUUAUUAAUUGCACUUUUACCUAUGGCAAUAAUUUUUUUUGGUAUACUUGGUCUUAUUCUUAAUAAUAAUAUAAAUUUACAAAAUCGAAUAAAAAAUUCAAUUAUAAAUACAUUUCCACCAAAAGCAAAUGAUAGUUUACGUGAAAUAAUAAAUAUAGCAUUUAAAAAUUUAUAUCAUGAUGCUGGAAUUAUUUUAACAUUUGGUAUAUUAUUUGCUAUUAUUGGUUGUUUAAGAUUAUUUGUUGCUAUUGAUCGAUCAUUAACAAUUAUUUAUCGUAUUGAAGAACGUAAAUUUAUAAAAAAAUAUUUUUUAGCUUUAAAAAUGCUUUUACUUUUUCUUAUACUUAUUCCAUUAAUGAUAAUUGCUUCAUCAACUCCAUCAAUACUCCUUGAUUUUAUUCCAAAUGCUGGUGGUCGUUUUGGUACAUAUAUUCUUGGAAUUUUAACAAGUUUAUCUUUAACAUUUCUUCUAUUUGAAAUAAUUUAUUAUUUAAUACCAAAUAAAAAAAUGACAUUCAAACAAACGUGGUGUGGAGCAAUUAUAGCUUCUGGUGCUUUACAAUUAUUUAUGAUAUUUUUUCCACUUUAUAUUCGAACAUACAUGACUAGUUAUACAGGUCAAAUUGGUUUUGCUGUUAUUUUAAUAUUAUUUCUCUUCUACUUCGCUAUUAUACUUAUAUUAGGUGCACAAAUUAAUGCUUUCUUUUUCGAAUCUAUUCAACCAUUACCUGAUCCACUUGGUACAUUUAUUAGUAGAUUAUUCGAAAAUUCUGAUGAUAAGGCAGUAGACAAUUAUUAA